GAAUAGCAGUAGAAGGCCUUCUGUGUUUGGAGCGUGCUGUGUUUGCUUGGUGUUGGAAGCGGAAGGAUCGGAGGAAAGCUUGGGCGGGGCCAACUUGUUAUUUCGUCCGUUGUAGGUGGCGAAAAUUGUUGUUACGAAGUUAAACGGUAGAUAAAGUAGAAAACAAGAAUGUCUAUUGAAGCUCUUAUUGAGGCUGCUGAAUACUUGGAGAGGAGGGAGAGAGAAGCUGAGCAUGGCUAUGCCUCAACUGUGCCUAUCAUCAUUGAAUCAUCUAAGCAUGUCACCAAGAGGCAUAUGAAGUCAAGGAAGGGUGCUGGAAGCAGGUCAACCCACAAUGAGCUGGAGAAAAACCGGCGAGCGCACCUACGAGUGUGCCUGGAGCGGCUGCGUGACCAGGUGCCCCCCGGCCCGGACGCCAGCCGACAUACCACCCUUGGCCUGCUCACCAGGGCCAGGGACUACAUCCGGUCGUUGGAGGACAAGGACCGGAUGAACCAUCGCUACAAGCAGCAGCUGCGGCGGCAGCAGCGGUACCUGACCAGCCAGCUGGAGGCGCUCGACCGGCGGCGACGCGCCGAGCUGGCCGCGGCCACGGCGGCCAAGCCGCGGGCCGCCUCGUCCAACAGUCUAUCGUCUUCCGGCUACUCGGCCUCCGAGUUAUCCGAGUCGGCCGACUCGCCCGACUCAGACGGCUGUGAGAGCGCAAACGGCGCCGUGGCGGCGAGUGGCGUCGACGCCACGAGGAUUGCUUUCAACACGCUUGACUUUCUCGGCAUCGGUGGCAUGCACGUCCAGGCUAAUUGUGAGCCCACCCAGGCCUAGUGGGAGGAGGGCGCCAGCGUCGCGGCGCCGCGCUAGUCAGCGGUGGUCCGCGUCUGGCCGCGCCGCCUCGCCACUCUGGACUCAGUAGCACGUCAGCGGCGGCGGUGUCACAAGGCUUCAGGACGUUGUUGUGCGAAAAAUGAAAUAUGCGCCACCGGAGGGCAUCAAGUACAAAGUGCGCCACAGCAGUAGAACGUCCGGCUCCCUCCGGUGAUAUGUUUGUGGGCGGCGCCCGUCCGGCGCGCCGGCGGCCCUCCUCUCGAGCCGCGUGCCAGCCCGGCCCGGCCCGGCCCUGCCCGCCCGCACCGGGCCCGGCGCCAGUGGUGACCGCGCAGCGCCGCCAUUGCCGGCGCGAUUUAGAGGCCCGCUUUUGACGUUGAUUUGCCGCCGGGGCGCCGCCGCGUCCGGCCGGCCCGCUGGUUGUGUGCUGAUGUAUAGCUUUAUUUAUUAGUCUCCUGGCGCUCAGCGCUCCAACUGGCUUGGUUCCGUGAUACGACCAGUGCGUGAUUUGACCGUCUGACGACUGCGCCCCGCCCCGGGGUGGUAGGGUCGCCCACGCGAGACUGCGCUCAGUAUAGUAUGUGUAUGCCGUUGUAAAUUAUUUAUUAACCUUUGUUCUGUUCCAAAUUUCUCGGUGAAUAAAUCCCGUUUGUA